AUGGAUACCCCAACGCCCAGAACGACUAAUCCGAAAAGUCCGAUUAUUCGGAAGAGGAAGCGAGGCCAGCGUGAAACUCGUCUGACUUCGCCAACCGCCAAUAUUGCAACUCCAGUCUCACCUCCUUCCACGAGUGCAAUCCCUGUUCAAGAUGCUGAGCAACCUGAUGGCUCCUCAGGUUCCAGGACUUUCCCAUCAAGGUCUUCAAGUCGUGGUGGGGGGCGGCAAGGCGAGAGUAGCGGUCAAGAUCAGCCAUCAGAAAACCUCGUCGGCAAUCUCUUCAAAAGCCGCGAUGCCCCGUCCUUCUUCGGCUCUUCGUACUUCGGCCCUCAAGCCGCCGCGAAAAUCAUUCAAGCGCCCGCCCCAGAGCUAUCAUCUGGUCUCAGCUCAAAACCCCAAGCAGGAUCAACACAUUCGUUCCGAGAGGAGAACGGUCCAUUUUCGCAAAUAUGGGAUCUCCUAGGGCUGCUGCCUCGCAAAAAGUCCACGGUCGACAGGCUGACGGAAUGUUUCCUCAAUGAGCUCAAUUGGGCGAUUGACGCUGUUCAACCAAACUCUUUCAAGGCCAAGUACGAAAACUUUUGGUCGCGAAAGUUUGGCUUUGAUGAUUUUGCCACAAUUGAUCUUCGCUGGCUGGCUUUGCUGUUCAUUGUCUUGGCAUAUGGCGUGUUGUUGGAUUGCCCAAGACCGCGGAACAGGGAGGUUCAACGAGAGGUCUACGACACGUCACAACGGUUCUACUGGGCUGCCCGGAGAGCCAUCGUGAUUGCGCCGACUUUCUACGGCGAGUCAACGGAUCUCGUGCGAGCUGGUGUUCUAGUCACUCGCUAUCUCAUCUACACUCGUCGCGUGCCAGAGUCCUGGCUCACAACGAGCUUUGCUAUGCGAAUGGCUCAAGCUCAGGGUAUGCAUAUCGACGGUGAAAGGUGGAGGCUUCCCAGGAAGGAGACAGAAACCAGACGACGCUUAUGGAGCAACCUUUACAUGCUCGACAAAACCAUAGCAUUAGCUCUUGGACGACCGUUUGCAAUUGUUGAUCAACAGUGUCUUGUCAAGCAGGCGUCCAACGUUUGGUUAGAUGAUCUGGAUGAUGAAGAGGCCGCCUCUGUGCCAGAAGCCCCCCUUUCAGAACCUACCGCGAGCGUCUUCAGCCGUCUAGCUCAUGAACUUGCCGUUGUUGUUGGCAAGAUACAAGAGCGAUGUUUCGGUCUAUUCACAGUCUCCUACGAAACAGUCCUCACGCUCGACAAAGAAAUCGAUACCUGGAAAGGCAGGCUACCACCGUAUUUCGAGUUAGAGGACCCAGACAUCUCCAAAGAUGACCGUCUCCCGUUUCUCCCUUGGCAGAGGUUACAUCUACACAGCAUGUACCAUUUCGCACGGGUCACACUUCACCGGCCGUUCUUGCUCCGACAGUCAAUCACGAAUAGGUACAAACACAGUCACGACGUUUGCAUAGCAUCCGCCUGCGCGGACCUUGAUAUGGGUCUCAAGAUGUUCAACCAACCUCUCAACGACCGGCUGAAAUGGAGUCUAGGGCCACACAACCUCUUCAACAGUGCUCUGGUGCUGGGCAUCAUCGCUGUCCGCGAUCCUCAUUCUCGGCGUUCUCAUGCUAUUCUCGAAGACUUGUCCGCAUACUGCGAGAUGCAGAGAAACGAUGUCUGGCUCAAUGAGUUUGCCCUCGCCGAAGUCAAAAUCGUUGAGCUCUGUGUCAAAAAGUCAAGGCAGUCUCACCCGCCUCCAGCCAACACCCUAGUACCACUGGCUCUAGCGUCAGCUUCGCCUAGCAGGCGCGUCUCCCAGCCCGUUGGUCAACCGCCAGUCAUGGAGACACAACCUCAGUUACCAGUAGAGAGUCCCGACUUUGAUCCUCUGAUGGCCGGCUUGGGACUUCCUUACAGCACGACGAGCGCGCAGAUGACAUGGGAUGACCCUGGAUUCUUCCUUCCUGAGAGCGGUGACCUGUCACAAUGGGAGCAUGUGAUCAACACUCUUAUGCAUGAUCAAGCAAGCAUAUGA